UUUCCGGCGUUCAAGAUGUCGAAGCGAGGACGUGGUGGGUCCUCUGGUGCGAAAUUCCGGAUUUCCUUGGGUCUUCCGGUUGGAGCCGUGAUCAACUGUGCUGACAACACAGGAGCCAAAAAUCUGUAUAUCAUCUCUGUGAAGGGGAUCAAGGGACGACUGAAUAGACUUCCUGCUGCUGGUGUGGGUGACAUGGUGAUGGCCACAGUCAAGAAAGGCAAACCAGAGCUCAGAAAGAAGGUACAUCCAGCGGUGGUAAUUCGACAACGAAAGUCAUACCGGAGAAAAGAUGGUGUGUUUCUUUAUUUUGAAGAUAACGCAGGGGUCAUAGUAAACAAUAAAGGCGAGAUGAAAGGUUCUGCCAUCACAGGACCAGUUGCAAAGGAAUGUGCAGACUUGUGGCCCAGGAUUGCAUCCAAUGCUGGCAGCAUUGCAUGAUUCUUCGGUGUAUUUGUAAAAGAAAACAAUGAUAAUAAAAAUUAUUUGCUCCA